GUAAAUUAAAUAGUAGAAUAAUAAAAUAUUAAUGUGUGAAGCUAAAAAAUAGCAUCACACAAACAAUAUAAAAAGAGCUCCAUUGCCCUUCAAAAUAUUUAGUCCCCAAUAACUCCACUCAACUCCUCGAACCGCAAUGGACGUCGAGUCCGGCCCACCACCACUUCCACCAUCGCCUCCGCCGUCAUCCACCACACACUCCGCAAUCACCCGCCUCAACUCCUACGUCGCCAAAAGCCGUGUCGGAAGACGCUUCAAGAUCACGGAACGCAACACCACUUUCACCACCGAGCUCCGGGCUGGCACCGCCACGUUCCUCACAAUGGCCUACAUCCUCGCCGUCAACGCCUCUAUACUGUCAGAUUCCGGCGGCACUUGUUCUGUCUCCGACUGCAUCCCGCUCUGCUCGGACCCCUCCGUUUCCCCCGCCGAUUGCGUUAACCGCCCCAACCUCCGCCUUGUCCCCCCCGACGUCUCCUGCAAAUUCGAGCCCGUCAACCCCGGCUACGCUGCCUGUUUGGAGAAAACCCGGAAAGAUUUGAUCGUCGCCACCGUCGCCGCCUCCCUCAUCGGCUGCGUCAUCAUGGGCGUUUUAGCUAACCUACCUUUGGGACUAGCUCCGGGAAUGGGGACUAAUGCAUAUUUUGCUUACACGGUUGUGGGAUUCCAUGGCUCAGGAAAUGUGUCGUAUCAAAGCGCAUUAGCCGCCGUUUUCAUCGAAGGAUUAAUCUUUCUACUGAUUUCCGCAGUUGGUUUGCGCGCUAAGCUCGCAAAAUUGGUGCCGAAGCCUGUCAGGAUUUCUUCCUCUGCAGGGAUUGGACUGUUCUUGGCGUUUAUUGGGUUGCAAAACAAUCAAGGGGUUGGCCUCAUUGGUUACAGUUCCUCCACGCUGGUCACGCUCGGCGGUUGCCCGAGCUCAGCCCGGGCAGCGGUGGCGCCGGUGAUGACUUCUGCCAACGGCACCGUUCUAAUCCCCGGCGGAACGGUUUCCGGCGACAUACUCUGUUUGCAUGGACGCAUGGAGAGCGCCACGCUCUGGCUUGGCGUAGUGGGGUUUGUCAUUAUUGCUUAUUGCUUGGUCAAAAACAUCAAGGGAGCGAUGAUUUACGGGAUCGUUUUCGUUACGGCCGUUUCGUGGUUCAGAAACACCAAGGUAACCGCCUUUCCAAACACCCCGGCAGGGGAUUCUGCGUACGAGUACUUCAAGAAAGUAGUUGACGUUCACAAAAUCGAGAGCACCGCCGGAGCUCUGAGCUUCAAGACCAUCGGAAAAGGCUAUUUCUGGGAAGCUCUGGUAACUUUUCUAUACGUGGACAUACUGGACACCACCGGAACUCUGUAUUCCAUGGCGCGUUUCGCCGGAUUUAUGGACUCCAACGGCGACUUCGAGGGCCAGUAUUUCGCCUUCAUGUCGGACGCUUCAUCCAUCGUGGUGGGUGCUUUACUCGGGACGUCGCCGGUGACGGCGUUCAUCGAGUCCUCGACGGGGAUAAGGGAGGGAGGGAGAACCGGGUUAACAGCUUUGACGGUAGCAGGGUACUUUAUGCUGGCGUUCUUCUUCACGCCGUUGUUGGCAUCGAUCCCGUCAUGGGCGGUGGGGCCGCCGCUGGUACUGGUGGGGGUGCUGAUGAUGAAGGCGGUGGUGGAGGUGGAGUGGGGUGAUAUGCGGCAGGCGAUUCCGGCGUUCAUGACAAUGAUCUUGAUGCCGUUGACCUAUUCCAUUGCUUACGGUCUGAUAGGUGGGAUUGGGACUUACAUUGUUCUGCAUCUGUGGGAUUGGGGGGAGGAAUUACUUAGAAAAUAUGGGGUAACUGGUAGAAACAAUAGCGUGGUAGUAAAUGGCGGAGCUAAGGAAGAAUUAUAGUUUAACAAUUUAGGGUAAACGUUUCUCCUCUACCCUUUUUGGUAUUUUCAUUUAAUUUUCUAUUCUUCUAUUUUCUUAGUUUUAGUUUGUAAAUUCAACUUUGAGAUCUAUAGUAUAUUAAUUUUGAAAUGGUCCUACAA